GGGGUGUUUACAUUCUAAUAAUACAGACGAAACUUUCAAUGUUGAAUUUUCCCGUUUGCGUAGGGAGUUACUGAAUAGUUCACGUCUUGAAAUUGUUUUCAAACUACUUCAUAUGGAUUCUCAUCUAGAAGAAGUGCUUCUUCGAUACGAAGAUCCAGGGGAAUUUCUUGUAAAUGAAUUACAAGAUGUUUACGACAGUUCCAUCCUGAAUUACUGUGAUGUUGAACUCAUGUGUAAGGACAAAAUGAUUGUUAAGACGCAUUCGUCUUUGCUAGCCAUAGUUUCACCUUAUUUGAAACUGGUUCUGAUGGAAUCCUGGGACCCUUAUCAUGGUGCUUCAAUAAUUUUACCAGAUUUCAGUGGGAAAGAUAUACAGAACCUUAUCAGAUUCUUAUAUACUGGGAAAAUAUCUCUGAGUGAAAAGGAAUUUGAAGUGUUUCAACAACUGGUGUAUGAAUUUCAAAUCAGUACAGAUGAAAACACAGCCAUUAUCCUCGAAGAGAUCUCCAAAACAGAUGAGGAAGUUCAGAAAGAUGAUGAGCAACAAAGAUUGAAGGAUGCUAUAGAAUUAGAUCUGUCAGAAACUUCGGCAACAGACUUACUACUAGAAGAAAUGCCUAUCGAUAAAAAUAUGUAUUGCUCCUCUGAUCAUGAUUCUGUAACAUGUCAUCCACCUUCAAUAAAGAAACAAAGGCAGAAUCUCAAAACAGGUGAAAUUCUGCCAGGAAAAGUUAAUGACUCAUCAGAGGGGGACCUAAUCACUGAAGUUGAACUUUUGCUGGAGGAUGAUUCUCUUUUCAAAAAGAAAACAUUAGUGUCAUGUGAACUCUGUCCAUCUGUGUUUUCAAGUCAGUCAAAACUUAAUGACCACAUGCUGAAACAUACAGGAGAGCGACCUUUUAAAUGUCCACUGUGUUCAAAGUCGUACCCAGUCAAGGCAACUCUUACGGCUCACCUGAGAUUGCAUGCCGAUGACAAGCCUCACCAAUGUGAAAGAUGUGGGAAGGCAUUCCUCAUACGAAGUCUACUUGAACAACAUCUCAGGACUCACACGGAUGAACGUCCUUUUGCAUGUGACGUUUGCGGCAAAGCUUUUCGAAAUCAGAGCAAUCUAAUUGGCCACAAGAAGACACACACCGGAGAUCGACCUCAUGCCUGUAACGUGUGCCGUAAAACUUUCAACCGUAAGCAUGAUCUCGACGCCCAUCAGCGCAUUCAUACUGGAGAUAAGCCUUUUCCAUGCACUCAAUGUACAAAGUCAUUCAGGUUCCGAUCCGCUUUACGGGUUCACCUUAAAGGUGUACAUGGAAUAAAAAGUAGCUCUUCCUAGCGUAGGCUACACAAAUCCAUGGCAGUUCUGUGAAAUGCCGGGGAUUCAUGUUUAUUGUUCGUAAAAUUCUUUACUCCUCGCAAAUUACAUAUUUCACUAGCGAAGGAAACGUUCCUAAUCCGAAAAAAUGACGACGAAUGACUAAGGAAACUGUUGAAGAAUCUGUUACUUCUCUGUGAAUUUACUCACAAUACUUGUUGCGUAAAUGACCCAAUGCCUUCGCUACCCUUUAAAAUCGAAUAUAAAAUUAUUUCAGCCAACAUGACUCAGUUUUGAUCAACUAUAGCACCAGUCAAUUUGUAUAACGCCAAUUUCAUAUUCCUUUUUUCUAUUUCACCAAAUUUCGAUGACCUACUUUUGUAUGACUUUUACAGACGAAUUCAUAAUAAACAUGAAUUACAAAAUUCA